CGGAAUCGCUCUGGCUUGUGUGCACACUGUGCAGAGCAGAGGCGUGCUUCGCGUGCUUCGCGACUUCGUCUUAAGGAAGGCGUGACGCGGUGCCGAACACUCCUGGCAGUGCGCACCGCGGCGUCGCGGCGGAGGCGAGGAUCGGGGAAGUCUGUGGCCCCUACCGUGCUGGCCAGCUUAUUCGAAUCUCGAGGCCCGUUCGCGCCGCAGCGUUGCCAUAGCGUUGUCAUAGCGACGCCGACUCACUCCCAGCGACCCCGGCCAGCGGAACGGAAGUGUGAGCGACCAGCACACCGGAAGUGUGGGCCGGGCGGCGCGGCGUUACCGGGCCAGCUGACCACUUAGUGCGGGGCCCUGCGACGCGCUGGGGACGCCGCGGACUUCGAGGCACUUCGAGGUCCCCGCUACACUGGUCUGACAUGGAGCUUCUCGAAGGCGUGCUGCUGGUGCUGUUGGCGCAGGCGGUCGCGUCAACCCCCCUCUGCCCGGUCGCCCAAGGCGAUUCCUGCAAAGAAGUGCGGUUCUUCUUGUGGACCAGCGCCAACCCGGCCGAGCCCCAGGAGGUGACCGUCGGCAACAUCAGCGCCUCGCACUUCAACAACUCGCACCCCACCAAGUUCGUGAUCCACGGCUACGCCUCGGGCAUGGACCUGCCGCAGCUCGCCGACAUCCGCAAAGAGUACCUGCUGCGGGGCCCGCACAACCUCAUCUCCCCGCAGUACCUGGAGCUGGCCGACAGCCCCUGCUACCUGACGGCCGUCGUGAACCUGGACUACGUGGGCAAGUGCGUGGCUCGCUUCGUCCGCGGCCUGGACGUGGCGCGCCGCCCCUUGGAGGCUGACGGCGAGGCUGGCGUGGUGGACGUGCUGGACCUGCACCUCGUGGGCUUCAGCCUCGGCGGCCAGACGGCGGCCUUCGUCGCCAACCACCUCCGGCCCGAGUUCCUCCUGGACAGGAUAACGGGGCUGGACCCGGCGUUCCCGCUGUUCACCACGAGCGACAAGGACCGGAAGCUGACGCCCGACGACGCGCUCUUCGUGGACGUGUUCCACGCCAACGCCUUCGUGCAGGGCCAGGGCAGCCCCUGCGGCACCGUCGACUUCUACAUGAACGGCGGCGUCAGGCAGCCCGGCUGCGACGACCAGGGCUUCCUAGACAGGAUGAAGUGCGACCACCACCGCGCCCCGAUCUACUUCGCCGAGUCCAUCCGGUCGCCGGUCGGCUUCUGGGGGUGGAACUGCACGUCUAUCGAGGACUACGACAUGGGGCGCUGUCCCGCCACCGGGCCCGGGGCUCUGGCCGGGGACGGCGUGGACCGGGCGUCGAAGGGGUUCUACAUCGUGGAGACCAAGAGCAGCGAACCGUUCGCGCGCGGGCGGUGGUGGCUGCAAGACCAGCAAGGGGAGGCGGUGUCGGAUCAAUCGGAACACGCUGCCGAAAAACAAAUUCAUCCCACCGUAACCCUCGCCUAAGAGUGUCUGCCAGCAACAACGGCAAGAUCCCCGGUCUCGGACACCCUGCUGGGAGGUUUCCACCUGCACUUUUGACUUCACGGGCUACUUCAUCCAAGACGUGAUUGUUCAAGUUAUGGAAUCGGGAUCACAACGGAUCUAGUGACAUUCUCCAGUCCUCCUCUUCGCGGGGCGGCCAUGGUGGUCCUGUUUGCAGCCUUCGACCUCUUCCAGUCCAGGGCGCCCUCCAGAGGCGUGGGAAAAAGACCUGUCUGGAUCCUCACCCUGUCGCCUAUCGUCCCGGAUGCAGGUCGAUGUCCGGAACUGGCGUUCUGCAGGGGUGUGAGAGAGACAGCGAGAGUCUUCGGAGAGGGUCCACCUCCCUGACGCGCAUGUCCACGCCGUGGAGGGCCUGCUGGCCUGCGGGCAGGAGCGAAACCUCGACGGGGACUGCAUGUCCCGGACGCGGAGCGCGUAUGCAUCUAGCCGUCUGUCUGUUUGUCUUUCUGUCUUUCUGUCUUUCUGUCUGUCUGCCUGCCUGUCUGUCUGUAUGUCUGUCAGCCUGUCUGUCUGCCGGCCUCGACCGUCCUGCCGGGCCACCCUAACCCGGCCAUACGCUCAAGGGCGACAUGGGACGGGGUGGGCAGGGCGCCGGCAGGGCCCCGGCAGGGCUGCUGGGGUCCUCACGCAAGAUGAGAGCGAGAUUGAAUUUCGGAGUAGGUGCCUGCAUGCCCAUCGGGCUUACAGUGCAAAGGACGAGAGAAAGGGCUUCGCCGUGGCGUCGCAGAGGAACGCAGCCCGUUGGCUCGCCGUCCUCGUGCCCCACCAAAAGUGGGACAACUUUGUUCGAUACGUGUCCUCCGUCUGCCAAACUUAAGUUAGUUGUUGUGUCUCAUCAAUCAGCAUGUGUGUUUGUGUUAGUGUGUGUGCGAGGGCGGGGCAGAAGAGCUACCGGGCCUCAACAAAGACCGCCAUCGCCGAAAUGAACUUCUGCUUCCUUUCUCGACGACUCGUUUCGUUUUUUUCGAGAGCACAGGAAAUUUGCGAACUAUCGCGAUUUGUCUUUUGCCUUCCGCUCGUUAGCGUGUUUUCCCUGGGAGAAGUACGGCCCUUGCGUGUGCUCCACUUGCCGUUGUCUCGCUGGGCGGAGGAGAUUGCGCCAAAAUGAGCGUGUUGGCGUGGAGCCUUGGCUGCCUUGGCUGCCGUGGCUGCCGUGGCUGCCCUGGCCAGCGGGACCAGCGAAUGCCGAGACUUAUCGGAACCUGUUGAAGACGUCACGGAGAGGACGCACUGACGGACGGGCAGACAGGCAGACAGACAGACAGACAGACAGACAGACAGACAGACAGAUAGAUAGACAGACAGACAGACACACACACAGACAGACAGACAACGAGAGGGCCCAAAAUGUAAAUAAAGUAUGUUUUCCC